AUGGAGCCCGGGGACGUGUGUGCCGGGCUGGAGGCCAUCCAGGUGCCGGUAUGCGGGCCCUGGGAGGAUCUGGGGCCCUUCCAGUACACUCCAGAACUGACGGCCGGCCCCGGAGCGGAUCCAGACCCGAGCGAGGUGACCAUACAGGGCUGCCAAUGCCAGGGUCAGAGCUGCGCGGCGGAGCAGUGCCCGUGUCUGCCGCGGGGCGAGAACUACGCGAACGGACGCCGGCUGCUGCAGACCUACGGGGACCCCACCCGGAUCGGCAACGUGGGCCGCUUCCUGAACCACUCCUGCCGCCCCAAUCUGGUCAUGUUGCCGGUGCGGAGUCACUCCACGGUGCCCAGGCUGGCGCUGUUUGCCGCCCGCCGCAUACAGGAAGGGGAGGAGUUAUGUUACGACUAUUCCGGGAGGUCGUUCAACGCGGAACCCGGCGAGGAAUCUCAGAGUGCGGGUGAGGAAGGGGGCCCGGGGCCCCGGAAGAGGUGCCUGUGCGGUGCAGACGUGUGUUCCGGUUAUUUACCCUUUGACGGUUCUUUGUAUGGAGGAGACGCUCGGAAAUCUGAUCCCGACUGA